UGAUAUAUUUCCGCCCAUAUGGCCUAGUAGUCCUCGCCCUCUUAUCUGGCUCUUUUCUUUCCACUUUCCUUCCAACUAUCUGGUGACCCCUCAGGAUGUUGGUUUCGAUACUUGCUGCCUCGGCGAUUCUACUCGAAGCUGUUAAUGCGAAGGGAGGUGGGAAGGGGGGCGGCGGCGGCGGUGGUGGUGGUGGAGGAGGAGGUGGUGGUGGAGGUGGAGGAAGCACCACGAUUGCUUAUACCACACAGGAGUGCUACACCGGUACACUUGGACCGGUCUAUAGUACGGAGAACCAAACAACGGGAAAGCAUACAGAGGGCCCCGUGUUAGAAAACGGCUAUAGAUAUUGGGUUUGGAAUGAUCAACACGAAGAAUCAACCGUGAACUACAUCACCACUAAGACACCUAACAUUAAUUGGCAGAUGGAGAUCCUUGACGCCUACUACAACGGCUCCUUCUCAGUCACGCUUACCCCCCCAUCCGGUAACAAUACGUACAAUUGCCCAACCCUGCACUCGCCUGACGUUCCCAAUGCCUUUUUCCGCCUUGGUCCCCAGUCUCGAAACGGAGUAUCGCGAGAAGGGUACGGUGACAAGAACAACUACUAUUUUCACUUCGGACGUACAAUUCCAAAUGCCGAUUGCCCUUACACACCAAAUAAAGCUUUCGUAAACUUCGAAUCCAGCAACGACGAACUUCAAAACGCGCAGGCUUGGACGUUGAAACAGAAGAAAAGCGGCGAUCACUUCGAACUAGAAGGCUCGGUCACGAGCACCAAAGCCAACUACAACAACUACUGGAACUACGUUGUCAAUGGCAGCGCAUCGGGCUCUGAUGCAGGGUAUCCGUACCAAUGCCCUAGCGCCUUCUCCAUGCGAACACUCCUUGCUUCCACCGGUCUUAAAAUGACAGCCACGGUAUCAGCAACCGAAGCAAAAAUGCAAUUUGAGUUCAAAGACACGGAAAAAGGGUGGGCUAUCAACGGCUCGUUUACCGGGAGUUGGUGGGACAAGGGGCCGAAGCUGCUCAUGGAUAAAGACACCAUCCAAACAGAUGGUCAAGCUAAACAUGUCUCUCCUCGCAAGCCAAAAUCCUUCAUAUCGAGAUAUAUGAAGUAUAUCAUCAUCGCGGCAGUUGUUGUUGGCGUCCUAAUCCUGCUCUACAUCCUCUGGAAAUGCAGAAACUACCUCUGUUGCUGCUGCAAACGCUCGUCCCCCAAACCAUCCAAACCCAAAGGUACAGGCCAAGAAGCAGAAUCCUUCACCCACCCGCACUAUGCCACCGACGUCGAGAAUCAAUCAGCCGCACCUACCUACCACGACAGCGCGUACAAGCAGCCCGAGCCCCAGGUCACCCAGCUGUCGUACACGGUGUCUCCGGUCGUGGCACAGAGCUAUGGGAUCACCGAUGGUGCGUAUGUGACCGAAAUUACGAAUUCGCAGAAUGAGUUGCAUAAGGCACAGCAGGAUUUGCAGACAGCGAGGCAGAGGGGGGAUGGGGGCGCCGAAACGUAUGCAAGCAGUAUGGUGCAUCAUCAUACAGCAGUUAUUGAGCAUUUUAUGGCGAGGAGGCAGGCAGGAAUGUAAGCUGGCAGUGAGAGCUGGGGGCUGAGAGAUAGGGGGUAGGUUUGUGC